UUAAGCCUGAGCCUGGCAGCCGCGGCUGACCGCGCAUGCCUCCAAUGCGUGGAUGCCCGACACAUCGCCAUUCCAUUGCUGUGCAGGCGGCUCUGGGCAUCCUAGAGCCGCCGACACGCACCGAUGCGCUCGGCUCACCGCCCACCUACGCCCAUGGCGCACACGCAGCGCAUCCUCGGUCGCAGCCCGGGCGUGGCAUUAGCUGAUGGGAUGCUGCCCCACUUCAGAAUGCACUGAGGGCCGUGCACGUCGCAUGGGCAUGCGUGCGGGGGUGGGGCGGACAAGGCGUGUGCGGAGGCAUGCAUGCUUUGUGUGGGGGGCCUUGAGGGCCGUGCACGUCGCACGGACAUGCGUGAGGGGGUGGGGCGGACAAGGCGUGUGCGGAGGCAUGCAUGCUUUGUGUGGGGGGCCUUGAGGGUGCGUGGCUGCGACGGUGGGGUAUGGGCCGCUUCCGUGCCUUGGA